AUGCAGGUGAAGUCACCAGGUGUGACUGUGAGUGUAGAGGUGACUGGUAGUAGUGGAGUGGCAGCAGCCUGGGGCAUCCUUCACUACCUCAAGUAUUACUGUCAUGCCCAUGUUUCCUGGGAGGCGCAACAACUCGACUUACCCGACACUCUUCCUCCAGCCAGCUUCAAUAUUACCUCUAAUGACAAGUUCCGUUACUACCAGAAUGUAUGCACAGUGUCAUACUCGAUGGCGUGGUGGGGUUGGCAACGAUGGCAGAAGGAAAUUGACUGGAUGGCCCUGAAUGGCAUCAACUUGCCUUUAGCUUUCACGGGUCAGGAGGCAAUAUGGCAGCGUUUGUAUACCAAAAUGGGUCUCACGCAAGAAGAGUUGGAUGAGCACUUCGCUGGGCCUGCGUUCCUGGCUUGGGGCCGCAUGGGCAACAUUCGAGGCUGGGGUGGCCCACUGUGGCCAUCAUGGCACAACCAGACUCUUAUUCUCCAGAAACAAAUUCUCGCCCGGAUGCGACAGUUUGGGAUGAUUCCUGUUCUUCCAGCUUUUGCUGGACAUGUUCCAGCCGGCAUUGCCAGGAUUUAUCCAGAGGCAAACAUCACUCGUCUAGGUCCCUGGAGCCACUUUACUGACCCCUACACCAGGACUUAUUUACUGGACUUCAACGAUCCACUCUUCCAGGAGAUCGGCUCAGCAUUCAUUGAAGAGGUUACCUCUGAGUUUGGAAGUGAUCAUAUCUACAACUGUGACACUUUUAACGAAAUGACCCCAGCAUCCAGUGACCCAGAAUACUUGAGGAGCGUCGGUGUUGCUGUAUAUAGUGCCAUAUCCAAAGCUGACCCCGACGCUAUAUGGUAAGUGGCUUACAUUGUU